CUAAGGAUUAGUUAAAGCUUUACCGAUUUGUUAGUAUUGUUGUUGUCUUGCAGACAAACUUAUUGUGACUCACUCGUAUAGACACAACCGUUAACUUUGACUUCAUUUUGUAUAACUUAAACCUCAAACUAUUAUCUAUCAAAAAUUUUGUUUUUGAUUUGCUAUUUGUGACUCCACUAUGGAUAAAUUGGAAAUUGAUGACAAACUGGCAAUUGUAAAUAGAUCAGUUGAAUAUCGUAUAAGUAAAAGAUUACUUCGUAAAAUACCUUAUUUUAAAAAGAUGCUGAACCACGAAUGUUUGGAAUCAAAAGAAAACAAAAUUGUUCUGGAUUUUGAUCAAAGGGCUAUAGAAGCGAUUUUUGAUUGGAUAAAAACUGGUAAAGGCUUCUUCAAAAUGGAUUAUGUGAUAGAGUUGUGCAACAUUUUCGAUUAUUUUGGACUGCCAGAUUCUUACAUAGCUAAAUGUGUUGAUUACUUUCAUGAUGAGUUUACUAUUGCUCAUCUUCCCAAUGUUAUACCUCAAGUGACAUCAACAUCUAAAUUGAUCAAUUCAGCAUCUCUCAAUGCUUUCAUCUGUCGUUAUUUCACUAAGAUAGCAAACACAAAUGUUUGGUUAAAUUAUCCUCUUGAAACAAUUGAGUACAUUUGCAAGCUUGACUUGAUGGUUCAUUCAGAACUGCAAGUCUUUGAAGCAAUCAUGAAAUGGGCCAACUUCAAAUGCGAUUCCAGGAAGUGUCAUCUAGAAAGAUUGUUAAAGUUGGUCCGAUGGUGCCAUGUAAAGGAUGAAGAUCUAUCUAAAAUAAUGGAAAACGAAUUUGUUAAAUCUUUAAAAUUCAAUCCAAAGUUUUGUGCAGAUGGCAAUGGUAAUUAUGACUGUAAUUUAAAUCGGAAUGAACAAGAAUAUUUUGUUAUGAUUGAAGAAUAUUGGCAUAGAUCUAAUGAUAUUCGUAUCACAGUACUUGCGAAUGAUUUACAGCCGUUGUUUAAUCGAAUACUUGAAUUGGACGAAACGUUGCCUGAACACAUUAUUCAUGAUGAACAUAUUUCUGACUUACAUUAUGUUGAGCGUGACUCUGAUAAGGAAAUUAUGCGAAUUGAUUGGAAGAAUAAUAAAUAUCGUUGGCUUCGUUUCUCAGCUUAUUCGAAUAAACUUAUUGAAUAUAUUUCAAUAGAUUCGACUGACAAUUGUGACAGAGAAAGCUCCAUGAAGAAAGUGGCAUUCAAUCAAAACCAUAUGUACAGACGUGUACUUUUAGAAGCUAAAGACAAGUUUAUCCUGAUCAAAAAAUAUCGGCAUUCAUGUUAUUAUUGGUCAAAACCAACUGCUGAUGAAGUUAAAGGUGUUCCUAUUUUUAGUAAUUCUUCUGACAAGGAAACUGUUUUGGAUAAUAAAAUUUACAUGUUAACAAGCGAUCUUCAAUUUAUGGAACUUGACAUUGAUGACACUGAUGACAUUGAAACCAAUUGCAAGUAUAAGAUGUUUCAACUUCCAAAGUCCAAGAAGAAUCGGUACUUGAAAAUAUUACAUCUAGCAUCAAAGCAAACUAAUGAUGAUCGGGUCAUUUUUUUGGAUGGAUCUGAAAAAAGUGUCUAUUGCUUCAAUGUCAACUCUCAACGAUGGAGUUCAAUUGGACAAAUAAUAAACUGCAACUUUUUUGGUAACCGGAAUAAAACAAAAGUGAUAAGUUUAACCUCAGCUUUCAUAUCAGUCGACAUCAUCAACUUUGCUUAAGACGUAAACUCAAUAAUUUUACAAACUUAACAGCCUUACCUUAAUAAACAGUUGAUAUUGGCUCAAACUUCAAACCCAUAGUUUUAAACAGUACUUUUAUCUAACUCAAUUUUAACUUGUAGAUGGUUAUUAUGACAAUAGAAUCCUUUGGCUUAUUUUAACAAGUAAAUGAUUCAGACGAUGGACCAGUCAAAGGAUUUUAACUGAAGUAAAAUAAAAGCAUUCACUGAUUGGCUCAAUGGCUGGCUCCGGUUUCAUCAAACUAACAAGAGUUUGCAUUACAGGGUGAGCGAAAGUUUCUAGCAAGCAAGGGGCGAAAUACGAAAUAAAUUUGUCUUUUACGCGUCAAAAGUGGAUGCUUUCCCCUACCCACAAUUUUCUAACCACCGGGUAUAUGCCUAGAAACCUCUUAUCCCCAAACUGUAGAUGAGUUAUUUUUGUUUCAACAAGCACUUAAAAGCCUUGAAAUAAAAGUGCCUCUAAAGUUUCUUAAACGCUUUCCUCAGCUCAGUUUCUCUAUCAAAAAGUAGUUUGAUGCUUCACUAAACAUACAAAAAUCAUUUUUUGAACUAAUUCUUUAACGCCUAGCUGAAAAAUUGAUCUGUGUAGGCAUUUUGAACCAUUUUUAAAUUAAGUGAAUAAUAUGGAUUUAUUAGAGACUGAUGACCAACUAACGAUUGUGAAUAGAGCAAUGCAACAUCGUAUUAGUAAAAAACUAAUUCGUAAGGUGCCCUAUUUUGAAAAGAUGUUGAGCCAUGAUCUAUUGGAAGCAGAGGAAAACAAAGUCGAACUGGAUUUUGAUGAAAAGGCUUUUAAGUGGUUCCUCAUUUGGAUUGAAUUCGACUAUAUCUUCAUUGAGAUGGAUUUUGUUAUAGAUAUGUAUAACUUGUUCGACUAUUUCGGGAUAAGUGAUUGUUUGAUGGACGAUUUCGUCAAAUAUUUUCAUGCAAAUUUUUCAAUUGAGCAUCUUCCUGUUAUUAUACGCCAAGUGACUCCAACAUCUAAGUUGAUCAAUUCUGGUGCUCUCAAUGCUUUCAUUUGUCGUUAUUUUUUGAAAAUUGUGAACUCACCUAUUUGGUUGAAGUUUCCUAUCCAAUCAAUUGACUACAUUUGUGGAUUGGACCUAAUGGUUCCUUCAGAAAUUCAAGUUUUCAAUGCAAUCAUUAGAUGGGCAGAUUUUAAAGCUGAUUCUAGAAAGGGCUGUUUCAAAGGAUUGUUAAAGUUAGUUCGAUGGUGCAAUUUGGAAGAGAAGGAUUUCCCCAAAAUCAAAGAAAAUGAAUUUAUGCGAUCUUCUGACUUUGAACCAGAAUUAUGGUAUUGUAACAAACCUGAGUGUUAUUGUAGUGUCGACCGAACUAAACAGGGUUGUUUUGUCGUGGUUGAAGAAUUGAAUAAAUCCGAUUUGCAAGUCCAACUACUUGACAGGAAUUUUCUGCCAUUGAUUAAUCAUACAGUUAUUCAAUCGGAUGAAUCAAUGCCUUUGCUUGUUAUUCAUGAUGAGCAUGUUUCUGAUAUUUCAUUUGAUUCUGGAAGGCAAAUGAUACGAAUUGAUUGGAAGCAGAAUAAAUAUCGUUUGCUCGAUUGUCCAGCUUAUAAAUCACACUGUCCCAAAAUGAUCAGAUGCAUUUUUGAAGAGCAAGAAAGCGCGAGUUGUUCUGUGAUGACGCCGAAUCAGGAAUACAGAGGUCCAAAUCAAAAUUAUGAAAGCUCACUUCUCGAAUCUAACGAAAAGCUCAUUCUGGUUCGUAAUGAGCUAUACAGUUUCAGAUUUUGGAAGAAUCCAUAUAUCACAGAUAUUAAUUCUGAAUUUGAAUGCAAUGGACAUACUUACCUGGCAACUGUUUUGGAUAAAAGUAUUUAUAUGCUGACAGAUAAACUCGAGUUUUUCGAGUUCGAUAUUGACCGUAAAUUUGCUUUCAAAAAGAUAAAACUUCCAAGGUUUGAAGAUAAAUUGAAAUUCAAUAACUUACUUUUAACAUCCAAGCAAGCUGAUGAUGAUAGGGUUAUUUUUAUUGAUAAGACCACAAAAGAUAUUUUCUGUUUCAAUGUCACCACUCAAGAAUGGAAAUCAAUCGAUCAAAUCAUUGAUUGUAAAAGCAAUUCUUCGGAAGAUUCAAAGGAACCUAAUGUUCUUAAAACUUUUACCUUUGGACUCAUAUCAUUGGACACUAUCAACCUUUGCUCGAAACAUAAAUUGACACAAUGAAGUAAAGCUAUAUUAAAAAAUACAAUA